UCCUCUUUUAUCAUUAAUUUUUCUUUCAAAAAUUUUCUCUAAUCCUAUCAAACCUAUUCUCACUAAUUCACAAUUUUAAUUGACCAAAAAAAUGUAUUAGUUUCCUGUUAACCUUUUACAACAAUUUCUAUAACUUAGGCUAGUGCAAAUAGUUAUUGUUGGAUGCUAUCAGUCUUAUAUUUAUCUCAUGUUUACUCCUUCAGGAAAACCUCUGUAAACAAAAACUGAGUAGUACCCUUUUGAUCUGCAAAUUUACUUUGUUAGAGAAGUAUAAUAUUUUUUGUUUAUAAUCAAUGUACAAUGUCCAAAAGUCCAUAUUUGCAGGUUAGGUCAGUCUUUGUUAUUAAUUUUCUAUAUCUGGAAUAAUUUUAAAUUUGUUCAAUCUGUGCAUAAUAGCCUGAUUGCAAUUCGUCGUAACCCAAAAGUCAUUGGUUAAUAAAAUUAAAUCAUGUUGAGCAGCAGAGCGAAACACUCCCUCCACUGCCUUCUACUGAUCGGAGUUAUCGUCGUCUUCGAACUAUUCACCGGUGGAGUCCGACUCACCACAGACAGUUCCCUCGAUUUCGACCCAUGGCAACGCUACGGGUAUCUCGGUUGCUCUCUACUCUACUUCCUAAGACUUCUCACGUUCCUCCCGUUGCCUCAAGUUCUGCUAAACUUCGCGGGGUUGACUCUCUACAACGCGUUCCCCGAUAAAGUGACCCUCAAGGGCUCCCCGUUGCUAGCUCCGUUCAUCUGUAUCAGGAUUGUGACUAGGGGUGAUUUCCCGCAACUAGUAAAAGCGAAUGUGGAACGUAACAUGGCGAAAUGCACUGAAGCGGGGUUGGAGAAUUUUUUACUAGAAGUUGUAACAGAUAAACGGGUGGGACUCCCGGUACAUCGUAGGAUACGAGAAGUGGUUGUGCCGACCACCUAUAAAACUAAAUCUGGAGCUCUUUUCAAAGCUCGUGCCCUACAGUAUUGUUUAGAGGAUGAUGUGAACAUGUUAGCGGAUACAGAUUGGAUAGUGCAUCUAGACGAGGAGACGCUGUUAACUGAGAAUUCGGUGCGCGGGAUUUUGAAUUUCGUGUUGGAUGGGAAGCACCAUUUCGGGCAGGGGUUGAUCACGUAUGCUAACGAGGAGGUGGUGAACUGGGUGACAACGUUGGCAGAUAGUUUCCGGGUGGCGGAUGACAUGGGCAAGCUGAGGUUGCAGUUCUCAAUGUUCCAUAAACCACUGCUUAGCUGGAAGGGGUCGUAUGUUGUUACACAGGUGGGAGCCGAACGCCAGGUAUCCUUCGACAACGGACUGGACGGCUCAGUGGCCGAAGACUGCUUUUUUGCGAUGCGCGCCUACAGCUUGGGCUACUCGUUCAACUUUGUCGAGGGCGAAAUGUGGGAGAAGAGCCCCUUCUCACUGUGGGACUUUGUCCAGCAACGCAAACGCUGGCUGCAGGGCAUUCUGCUGGUGGUGCACAGUCGGGGCAUUCCUGUCUGGAGCAAACUGCUGCUAGCGAUCAGCUGUUACUCGUGGGUGACAAUGCCAUUGUCCACUUCGAACGUUGUCCUGGCUGCGUUGUGCCCGAUACCGUGUCCGCCGCUCAUGGACUUCCUCUGUGCGUUCAUUGGCGCCGUGAACAUAUACAUGUACGUGUUUGGGGUUGUCAAGUCGUUCUCGUUGUACCGGUUCGGUGUCUUCCGGUUUGUCCUGUGUAUAGCUGGUGCACUCUGUACAAUACCAGUGAACGUGUUAAUUGAGAAUGUGGCAGUGAUUUGGGGACUGUUUGGAAACAAGCAUAAGUUCUACGUGGUGAACAAGGAUCUCAGGCCUCUAGUCACGGUCUAAUGUGUGAGUGUACGGUUAGUAGGGUAAGUGAGAGGUUCUGAGACAUGUGAACAGUCUUGGUAGGGAUAAUGAGAGUUCUGAGACAAUGUUGGUAGUGGAAAUGAGGGUUCUAAGACAUGUAAGUAGGGAAAAUGAGGGUUAUGAGACACAUGAGUAGAUUUAAUUGGGGUUCUGCUCCAUGUGGACAUUGUAAGUAGAAUAAAUGGGGGUUCUGCUCCAUGUGGACAUUGUAAGUAGAAUAAAUGGGGGUUCUGAGACAUGUGAGCGAUGUUGUUAGGUUAAAUGUUGGUAACACCAAUGUAGGAAAUGUUGGUAGGGUUCUGAAACAUGUGACCGAUGUCAGUAGGGUUUAAGAGGGUUCUGAGACAUGUGAACACAGCUAGUAGGGUUAAUGGGGGUUCUGAAACAUGUGACCGAUGUCAGUAGGGUUUAAGAGGGUUCUGAGACAUGUGAACACAGCUAGUAGAGUUCUGAGACAUGUGGUCAAUGAUAGUAGGGUAAUUAGGUGCUCUAAGACCGAUGUUACUAGCGUAAGUGUGUGAUCACAUUGGAUGUAUAUUUGGGCAAGUGCAAGCUUGGUCAUGCGUGUGCAGAUAAGAAACAAAUCUGUACAAAGCAAUAGGAACACUCACCCUGGAAGCGUACAGGUUGUGUUCAGUGUGAGCAGCUACAUGUAAGUCACAACGUGUUUCAAUGGCACUUUUCAAAGUUUGUUCUUCUGCUCAUGCAUGAUUCGACCUACACUUGCACAAAAUACGCGCCGCAUUCAGUGUGAUCACACCCUAAAUCUGGAUUUGCACACAACAGUGAACAGUGAAAAUAUGAUUCCCAUAUGUUUUAAUUGGACUAUUCACCCUUAGCCCAACCUGGUGAGUAUGAAUAAUACCAUUAGAAUCUAUGGGGAUUAUAUCUUGAAUGUUGUGUUUGUGUGCGAAUCCAGCUUUAAUGGGAGGUUUCUAAGAUACGUAGAAGACUUGUGGACAAUGUUAGAUAAAUGGGGGUUCUGAGACAUGAGGGCAAAGUUAGUAGAGUUAAUGGGGGCUCUGAGACCGUUAUUAGUAGGAUAAGAAGGAAGGUUUCUUUGUAAUGUAGUUGGGACCUGCUAAUCGAACUAUAUUAGUAUGGUAAAUAGAUAGUUCUGUAACAAAAUCACCUGCUAUUCGAACACUAUUAGUAGGACAGAUGGGUGUUCUUGCAACAUGUGCUGGAAUCUGCUAAUCGAAUGAUAUUAGUGGGUUUAAUAGGCAACAGAAUGUGUGGGAGUCGAGUAUGAUAAUCGAAUGAUAUAAGUAGAUUAAAUUGGUCUGUUUUGCAGCAAAAUAUGUGGGAAUAUUAGUGGGGUGAAUGAGUGUAUUCGAAAUGUGUGGUAAGGACCUGCAAGUACAAUAUUAUUGAAGGGUGAAUAAAUGUGUUUUUGCAAUACAAACUUCAAAAAAGGGCCUAAUAGAACAACAAUUUCACUAGAGUUUUUGCAACAUGACCCAUAAACUAAUGGGGAAAUGUGUAGGGACCUCAAAGAACGACAAUCUUUGGGGGUAAUGCAUGUGUUUUUGCAACAUGAAAACUACAGAAUAAUGGGGAAACCUGUAGGGACCCAAAAGAUCAACAAUGUAUGGGUGGAAUACAUGUGUUUUUCCAACACAAACUUGAAAUAUGUAUGGAAGCCAAAUAGAAAAUGAAUUGAACAUUGUUCAUUGACGUUUUCCAUAAAAAUGCAUGUAUUUACCAACCACCCUUAGUUGAAACUGUAUAGGCCUAGUGAGAGUCACUUUAAACUGUUGUCAUUAGCUAUCUUUGUUAAUAAUGCUUAAAAAUGAUUGAUAUUGUGAGUAAUAAUGCUGACAGUUUAAAAUGAAUCACACUGUGGUUUGUAGGCUAGGACUCCAGUAGUUUUUGUCAUAUGAACAAUGAUAGCAGAUUCAAUAUUUCCAUGGAACAUGAAGGUUUGGAUUUUCAUUCACUUGAAUGCUCUUAAAAAUCUUACUAAUUGAACAAGAAUUAUAAAGGUGCAUACAGACUUGAGUGCCUCAGACAUGCGCAUUUCACUUCUAAUCAGCUGAUGCUAUAAGCUUAUUAUAACUGUAUUUGUACAGAAACUGUAAGAUACAUAUAAGCAUAGCAUCAGCUGAUGAAAAGUGAAAUGUGUGUGUUUGUGGCGCGUAAGUAUGUACGCACCUAAAGGUUCAAUAAUAUAUGAUAUGAAUAAUGUUAAUCUUGUUUUCAAUAUUAAUAUCAAGAUGAGAGUAUAAUAGUAUUUUUUGUAAUACAAUUAUAAUCCCUGCUCUCCAGUGAAAAUCAGUUCUGCUCGGUAGAAAAUGAAUGCUAAGUGCCGGUUGCACAAAAGCCGGUUAAAUUUUAACCGUGAUUAAUUCUACGAGAACCAAUCAGAGAAGCCGUCUUUUCAAAAACGCCUUUUCCAAUGGAUUUCAUGAGAAGUUUUCAAAGUCUUUCUUUCAAUGAGAAAAGUCCAAUAUUCAUUCUAGUAUCUCUGUAUGUGCAUCAGACGUCCACUUGUGGCAUAGGACUUUGUAGUGCUGAAGAUAGGAAGCUGAAUCCAACCUUGGAGUCUUCAAUUAUUAUAUUAUGUAUUGCAAUGAUAGCAGCAAAAUAUGAUUGGUGGCCACAGAAACUGAUUCAAAUCAAUAAAUUGAAAUUUUUGGUGAUGCUGAUUUACAAUAGCUGGGUAGCUUUAGUAAUAACCAACUUGGCUGAGAACUUAUUCCUGAGUCCAUUAUUUAAUUUUAUAGGAUUGAUAGCAGACGUUUUUUCUUUUGGGGUGAGCUUCAUAUCUGGAGAAGAUUCACAAGUUUCGGAACUAUCUGACAAGCUGGGAUGCAUGAUAUUAUUGCUUCUGUCACUGGCGUUUUUGUAUUAUACUCUCACAAAUGACGGCGGAAUCGGAUUAUUUAUAGGCGAUUUGAUUGGUUCUCAUGGAAUUAAUCAACGUGGCUUUUGUGCAACCUGGCCUGAGAGUUCAUAUUGGAAGAACGAAAAUGUUUAAACACUCUCAUAAGAACUAAUAGUAUACAUUUUCUGCCCUAGUGAGUAGAGAUUCUAUGGUGAUGUGUGGUUAAAAUAAUAGGAAUGAAAAUUAUUGGUUUGUGGAAGAGAAUUGUUGAAAUUUUGUAUGGUGAACUACAGGUUUGAUCAAUGUUUUUUCGGUUAAAAUGUUGCAAAAACACUUGAAUGAUAUCACGGUCUAGGACUCACAACUUCGCCUAAGCUUUUGCUGCAGAAUAAACUACUUGAAAACAAAUUGUCUAGGUGUAGAUAACAAACUUAAUGUGAAGAUAAUUAUUGUUGGGUCGUUUAAAUGCUCUUGUAAGUAUUGAUUGUUUGAUAUAUCAGCACUUGAAUAAUUUAUGAAUGAAAACCUGAACGUUUUCGAGUUAUAAGGAAUUCUAUCAGUUUUCUUUAAAUUAUAUGAAUUUGUGUAUUGAUGCAAAAUAUCUCUUUCUGAAAUGUCCUUGUAGAAAUUAUGGCAGCCUUUGUAUAGUGGCAGUUUUUCUUUAGAAAGUUAAAUAUUCAUUGAAUAUUGUUGGUUCACAUGUGAUAAAUGAGUAAAUUUACAUUAAAAUGGUUAAACAUUGUUUGUGAAACUUGAAUAAAUUGUUGUAAAUGAUUUUGAAAAGAGAUAUUUUGUUCUGAUUCUUGUAUGAAUCUGAUAAAAUCUGUAAUGAAAUUGUGUAGAGACUCAUAUUGAAACUAUGUUUCAAAUAAAUUAAUUUCGUUUCGUGCCUUUGUAUAAAUCUUAUUAAAUUUUAAAUUCAAUUGUGAAUAAUUGGAAAAUGUUUCCUAAUAUCACUAGUGUGUACAUUAUUCAAGGUAUUGUGCUUCUUUAAAUAGAACAAAAAUGUAAUUUCUAUGAAUUCAUAAGAGUCAUGGAAAUAAUGAUACUUUUGUCAAAUUUAUUUGUUUGUUUUUAAAGAUUUCAAAGAUCCUUAUUGAUCAGAAGUAAGCAUCAUUGUUAAUUUCAUGAAAGUCCUUACAAAAUCAUUGUGAAAUUCUUUGAAAAAGUUUUCAAAAUCUUAUCUCAAGAAAUUUUUUUUCUGAAUUAUUGAUUUCAGUCAUGGUCUAUAAUGUUUCCUCUUUCUGAGAAAUUGAAGUAUGGUAUAAAAAUUGUAAUCCAUAUUAAAGUAUGGUACAAAAAUUGUAAUUCAUAUUUACUACCAUGAUGGCCUGUAAUAUUAAUAAAAACAUCCAAUUUCAACACACAUCCUAGAGUUCCACUACUGUAUUCAUAAAAAAUUGAUAGAACUCUUAUUAUUAACACUGUCAAGCUAUCAGAUCUAAACUGAAAAUAACUGACAGCAUAUUAUUACAUGCUCACGAGCGUUGAAUAUCUAUUAGAAGAAUCUUUUGUCGUUUAAAAUGAUGGGUCAUGUAUUACUUGAAAAAACUACAAAUGAGAAUUCUUCUAUUGUGAGAAGAUGUCUGUAUCUGUUAAAACUGUCAGUAUUGUUUUAAUGGGAAGCAUUGUUGUUAUUUAUGAGGAAUACUGACAGUUGAUAGUGAACCACACUAUAAUACGCUUUUUGCAUUCAAAUUAUCUGUAUCUUUUCCUAACUACUGACGACAACUUUGAAGAAUCUAAAUUCACCUAGCGUUUGUUUGCGAAUCUUCAUGGAACAAGGUUGAAUAUUCUAGGCUAAAAAAAUUACAGAUGUUUGUGUUUUCCAUUUAAAAAUUGUUAUAUGUAGGCUACUGAAAAAUAAUAAAAUCUGAAUGAUUUUGAAUGUACAGUAGGACUGCCUCUAUUGAUUGAAUUACGGUUAAACUAGAACAAUGAAUAUUGUUAAUUUAUGUAAAGCAUUUUCAAUGAAUCCUUCCCUAAAUGAACCUUUACAACACAGAAAGUUCAUGAAUACUAUUUAAUUGUACAGGUCUAUCUUUGUAAAUUUCUACUUUUAUUGUAAUAUACAUAAAUACUUGAAUACUUGAAGUCGUUGGCAAGGACUGGGGGUCUCCAGAUAGACAGUGUCAAAAAAUAAAGAACUCUAAUCUAAUCUUAUUGUAUUGUUUUCAAUUAUAUUUCAGAAAUAAGUUUCUUAAAUUAUCAUGAAACCUUUGAAGUUUUAUCAACAAAUAGUUGUAUUUUUCAAAUUGAUAAUUUAUCAACAAAUUUUGUAUUUUUCAAUUCAAAAUUGUAGUGACAUCGUUCAGAUUUCAAGUGCUGAUGUAUAGCUUAGAUUUGGGUCGGUGAAAGACUAUGCUAUUGUGGUUAAUUUUAGGUCGAAAACAUGAAAUUAUUAUAAUUAUUAGAUAGGUCGAUCGUAGUUAUAAAUAAUCAAUUGAUGAGGUUAAGUAUUGAGAAUUUGUCAAUGAAAAAAUGAAUUACGAUCACUAUUCAACUUUUUAAAAUCGGAAAAUUGUUUUUAAAUCCUCAAAUAAAGUAUGAGAUUUUGUGUAUUACUGUGAAUGAAAACUGCUGAAUUGAAACAAAAGUGGAUUCAAAAUCUAUCAUAUUCAAAGAAUGUAUUUCAUGGUACCAGCUUGAUCAAAUCAAUAAUCUAUAAAUUUGUUUUAAAAUUCUCAAAUUUCAUUUUAGGAGAAAUCUCUUGAAGUGAUUUAUACGAAUAUUAAUAAGGUACCCACUGAACAGAACCUUUAUGGCUCAAAUAUUUAAUACAAUUUCUGGGAACUAAUAAAUUUAUUAUAUAUAAUUAUUAUUAAACGAAAAUCCUGAUUUAUAUAAAUUUACCUUAUCUUAUUACUCUGAUGCUAGUGAAUAGUGAUAUAAAUUCAAUUUCUUAUUGAUUUGUAAUACUCAAAUUUAAUCUUCCCCAAAUACGUCUUGCUAUAUAAGCACUCGAUACCAUCAUGACGAUAACAUAAUACAUUUAUAAGUAGAUUAUAUAAUAUAUUUGUCAAGACUUGAUUAUAUUGUAAAUUGGUAUGUGUAUAUUAUUGAUUGUACUGUUUAAUUAUAUGUGUAUAUUAUUAUUAUUGGUAUAAAAUUCUAUUUGAUCAAAAUACUGUAGGUGCACUGUAAAAUUGUAGAGUAUGAUAAAAUCAUAUUUAUAUAUUACAAUCGGCAAAUGAAAAUUACAUGUUUUUUUAUUGUAGUACAGUAUUAAACGUUAAAUUGAGCUAGUUAAAGGCAGAGUAAAGUUCGUUUCAAUAUUUUUCUGUCUUCAUUUUUAUUCGAAUUUGAUUGUUUCAUUUAUAAACAGUGCAAUUUUAAAAUAUAAAUUGGACAGGAAUUUAUUAGUACAUUUUUAUCUGAAUAGAUUUUGUACAUGACUGAAGAACAAAACUUCGUUAGUUCAGUAUCUUUCACAUUUUAUUAUGGAGCUUUAGCAAAACAUUUUGUGCUUCAAAAAUUCGAAAUUUCUCUUAGAUUGUAGUCGUUUAUAUAAAUCAUAAAUCCUGUAGAAGCGAAAUUUUGGGAGAAAUGUUGAAGCUCUGUUUCAAUGCAUCGAUUUUUCAAUAGAAAAACAAUUUCUAGAAAAUAAUCAAUAUUGAAUUUCGAAUAUUAUCAUAUUGUACUUAGAAACGAACGUGUUUCUAUGCAUGAGUAAUUCUCAAUGAAAUGUUCAAAUGUUUUCUAAAACUUUCUCGUGAAUAAAAAUUUUCAACUUA